AUGUUCUACACACAUGUGCUUAUGAGUAAGCGAGGGCCAUUGGCCAAAAUCUGGCUUGCAGCUCACUGGGAGAAGAAACUCACAAAGGCUCAUGUAUUUGAAUGUAAUCUAGAGAUAACCAUUGAAAAAAUUAUUUCACCUAAGGUGAAAAUUGCACUUCGAACUUCAGGACACCUUCUUUUGGGAGUUGUGCGAAUUUAUAAUAGGAAGGCAAAAUAUCUUUUGGCAGAUUGCAGUGAAGCAUUGCUUAAAAUGAAGAUGACAUUUCGCCCAGGACUGGUGGACCUUCCAAAAGAGAAUUUUGAAGCUGCUUACAGUGCUAUCACAUUGCCAGAAGAAUUUCAUGAUUUUGACACCCACAAUGUGAAUGCUAUUGACGUUUCAGAACAGUUUACUCACAACCAAAGCAGACCGGAAGAAAUCACACUUAGAGAAGAUUAUGGUAAUGAUCUACUUUUCCAAGCUGGGAGCUUUGGGGAGGAACCUGAAAUUCUCAGAAGACAUAGCUUCUUUGAUGACAACAUAUUGCUGAAUUCCAGUGGUCCUUUAGCUGAACAUAGUUCUGGAAGCCUCAUUGGAGAAAAAUCUCUGUUGUAUGACAGUGGAGAUGGAUUUGGAGAUGAAGGGGCUGCAGGAGAGAUGAUCGAUAAUCUACUGCAAGAUGAUCAGAAUAUUCUGUUAGAAGACAUGCAUUUGAGCAGAGAAAUUUGUCUGCCUCCUGAGCCUCCUGAAACUAUAGCGGUGGAACCAGAUAAUCCAGAGUAUAUAUGUCUACCUGAAAAUGGAAAAAUGGAUGAAACCUCAUUAUCAACUGAAGAACAAGGAUUUACCCUUGAACCAAUUGAUAUUUCAGACAUUGCUGAGAAAAGAAAAGGCAAAAAGAGAAAGUUGCUCAUAGAUCCAGUCAAAGAGAUCAGUAGCAAAAUUAUGCAUAAACAGCUUACUUGCUUUACCGACACACUCAUGGUUUUGGAACUUGCUCCUCCUACCCAAAGAUUGAUGAUGUGGAAGAAAAAGGGAGGAGUGGACACACUUCUGUCAACUGCUGCCCAGGAUUUGACUCAUGCUGAACUGAAGAUGUUGUUUACAAAAUGCUUUCUGUCCUCUGGCUUUAAACUUGGAAGAAAAUGGAAACAGAAGGAAUCAGUAAGGGAAGAAGUAGGAAGUGAAAACAUAAUAGAGACCUCCAAGAUGGAAGAGCCAAAUUCCCAGCAAGACUUAAAUCAAUCAAAAACUUGGAAGGAUGUGGUUAAUGGAUCUAAGUGUAGUUCUCAUGAAGAUAUCAAUAAAAACUUUAAUUCUGAGCAAGUUAUUGUUGAACUGGUCUCUUCGGCUGCUGAAGAAUCCUCUCUAAUGAAUGCUAUGUUAGCACAAGAAAUUGAGAAUUGUCCAGUGGAGCUGGAGUCAUCGGGGAAUGAACAAAGUAUUGAUACAGAGAGAUGGAAUCGAAGAAUCCUACAGAUGUUAAAUAGUUUGCGGGAAUCCAACAGGAUGGGAAUGCAGUACUUUAGUCUGAUGAAGCUCUGCAGAAAUAGUGACCGGAAACAAGCUGCUGCCAAAUUUUAUAGCUUUCUUGUCCUAAAAAAACAGCAGGCUAUUGAGCUGAGCCAGAGUGCUCCCUAUGCAGAUAUUAUAGCUACAGUGGGACCAAUGUUCUAUGAAAUGUGA